AACCAGCUUGUACAGCGCCAAACCGUCAAAAUGGCUCCUUCCAACCUUCCCGCCAUCUUCAACCCCACCCAGCAGGACAUUGAGAUGCUCCUGGCUGCUCAGUGCCAUCUCGGCAGCAAGAACCUCCAGGUUCACAUGGAGCCAUACCUGUGGAAGACCAGGCCCGACGGUGUCAACGUCUUGAACAUUGGCAAGACCUGGGAGAAGAUUGUCCUUGCCGCGCGCAUCAUCGUCGCCAUUGACAACCCGGCCGACAUCUGUGUCAUCUCUGCCCGUCCCUACGGACAGCGUGCCGUCCUCAAGUUCGCAUCGCACACCGGUGCCACCGCCAUCGCUGGUCGUUUCACCCCCGGUAACUUCACCAACUACAUCACCCGUUCCUUCAGGGAGCCCCGCCUGGUUAUCGUCACCGACCCCCGCACCGACGCCCAGGCCAUCAAGGAGGCUUCCUACGUCAACAUCCCCGUCAUUGCCCUCUGUGACGGAGACUCACCUACCGAGUACGUCGAUGUUGCCAUCCCCACCAACAACAAGGGUCGCCACGCUAUUGGUUUGAUCUGGUGGAUGCUUGCCCGUGAGGUCCUCCGCCUCCGCGGCACCCUCGCCAACCGCGAGACCGAGUGGGACGUCAUGACUGACUUGUACUUCUACCGCGACCCCGAGGCUGAGGAGAACAAGGACAGCGCUGGUGUUGAGGAGGCCAAGGUCCCUGGUGCCGACGAGGUUGGCCCUGGUGCCGUCGCUGAUGGCUUCACUAGCGAGUGGGAGGUCUCCGGCGCAUCUGCUGGUGCUUUCACUGCCCAGGCCGCCGCUGCCCCCGGCACCAGCUGGGACGCUGACACCGCCGACUGGGCUGCGUCUGGCGAUGCUCAGACUGGCAACGAAGGCUGGGGUGCUGAGACUGCUGCCCCUGCUACCACCACCCAGUGGUAGAUAUCAUCUUGAGCAUCUUCGUCAAUUCUUCUCUUACAUACCCUGUCUUUGACAACCACUGGCAUGUCGGCGUAGGAGUAGGGAAAGGAAAAGGAAAAAAAUGAGACCAUUUGACAAAAACUCAAGAAUACCAUGCUUUCAGUGGAGAGGGUCGUCUUGAGGGAUAUGAUCAAUGCUACGCGCUUAUGAGGGAAAGAUAUCCAUGCUUCUCUGAGGUAUGGGGGAA